AAAACACCAUCGAUUCCAUUCAAAAGAGACAAGGAGAAAGAAAUCUCUUCUGCUCUCUUCCCAUGUUGCUUCCUUAAAUUCAAAACAUUAAUCUCCUCUGUUCAUCAUCAUCAUCAUCAUCAUCGUCAUCAUGCAGUCUCGCUAGGGUUCUUUUAUGGAGAAGAUGACAAGGAAAAUAGGAAGCAACAUCAGAGGAUUGAGCUGAAAUUGUGAACCAGACAUAUAGUUCACAAGAAAAAAAAAGACAUACGUACAUAUAUAUAUCUGUGUCUGAAAGAGCAGAAAAAGGUGGCGUAGACAAAGCAAGAAACACGACAUGGAGGUUCAGAGGAUUAAGCAGUUGAUGUCCCUUUGGUCGAAUAAGCAGAGCGAUCGGAUCUCUCUCGUCGGUGGGAAUCACACUGCUGCAAGGUUCUGUAGUCGCUAGAACUUGGUUUCUUCUUCUUCUUCUUCUUCUUCUUUCCUCUAUUCUCUUUUCCUUUCCUUGCUCGCUCUUCCUCUCUUAUUUACCCUUCCUUUCGAUCAGAUCUGUCUCCUUUUUUUUCGUGUUUUACUCGCUUUCUCCUUUCACAACUCUUCACCUAUAUUUUAUGCUGUCUUGUCUGAGAUUUAAGGCACAAAGAAUGGUGCUUGUUAUGGUUCAAGGCUUUCGAUCAAUGUGCCGAAAGCGUAUGCCUUUUCUCUUGAAAAGCAAAACCCGUUUGAGCUUGAGUUCUCGCGCGUAUUGGGUCCUUAGGGCUCCUCAUUCUGGAGUUGCGUCCCUCGUCGCGAGAUCAAUGCUUCUGGUUUUACUGUUUCUGUCAUUUUCUUGGUUAAGUUUCUCGAGGUCUGGGGUCAUUCCUUCUGAUUCUGCAGCUAGAUCGGUUGAUCGUUUUGAAUCUGAUGCUGUCGAGAAUCCCGACGAGAUCUUACCUUUGCUUUUCCAUGAUCUCGAGAAGGAAGGCCUCUUAAGGCUUGGAGAUAAAACUCUCUUUCUGAGCAGUGGAGACGAUGAACUCAGUGUCUCUGGAUGCUCUCACAUUGUGAAUCAAGAUGAGAUGUUUCUUGUAUCUGCUACCGAUCUGGAGAGGCAAAGCACGAUUCCUAGGGAGAUCUUUGAUUUCGCAUUCACUUACGCUCGUCAUAUCAGCUCUGCCGAGUUUAUAGACCGAACUCUCAAAGUUGGCGGCAUCCUCGCCGUCCAGUUCGAUCAUCAAGGCCCUCCUUCGGGAUUCUUGAAACCUUCCAACUACGAAAUCGUCUAUUUGAGGCGUUUCCAGCGCACGAUCUUGGCGAUGAGGAAAACGGGUGACGCAGAAAAGAUUCAGAAUUCACUCGCCAAGAGAAAGCUUCUCGAUUUCACUGUAGAGGAGGCCAGGAGAAGGGCACUGAGCAAGCUUGAGGAUGUUCUCUUGGAACCCCCGAGAGCUUCGUCAAGAAAAUCAAGAACAUAUCUGAAACGAACACGUUACCUUCCCGACCUGAUGGCAGACUCAUUGGACCUCGACAAUUACCCGAGACGGGUUUUUAUCGACGUGGGCAUGUCGGGGAGCAGAGGAGGAGGAGGGAGCGUGACCGAAUGGUUCGCCAAGAAUUACCCGACGAGAAACCUCGAAUUCGAGAUGUACAAGAUAGAGACGGUGAGUGAAGACAGUAGCAACAACGAGAUGAAUCUCGAGAUAGACUCGGUUCCGCAGCGAAUGGGGAUGUCGGAAUGGAUGAGGGAGAACGUGAAGGAGGAAGAAUACGUGGUGAUGAAGGCGGAGGCCGAGGUGGUGGAGGAGAUGGUGAGGAGCAAGUCGAUUAAGGUAGUUGACGAGCUUUUCUUGGAGUGCAAGCCAAAGGGUCUAGGGUCUGGAGGAAGAAAAAGCCAGAGCAACAAUGGCGGUAGGGCUUAUUGGGAGUGUUUGGCACUGUAUGGGAAACUUCGGGACCAAGGUAUCGCCGUUCAUCAAUGGUGGGGUUAAAUUGUAAGAACUAAGAACAUUCAGGGGUCUGGCUAUCAAUUUAAGAACAGGGAGCGGGAGUUUGAUUCUUCUUUUGUGUUGCGUCUGUUUGUUCUUCUUCUUUUUACUCUACAUCUUGAGAUUAUCAAUUGUGUUGUUCGUCAUUCCA